CGGAAGUGCUGUGUUUUGGGUUUGCAACCGCGGGGCGAGAGAGAGAGAAAGAAAAAGGAAUAAAUAGUCGGCGAGUGACGGGAAUCGCCCACUCGCCGCCGGUUCAUCUCCAGCAUUGCCUUCGCUGUCAGCCAGGGCGAGUCAUGGCUGCCAACAGCAAUAACUUGCAGAAAGGUAUUGACCUUGCAAGCAAAGCUGCUCAAGAAGAUAAAGCAGGAAACUUUGAAGAAGCCUUACGGUUAUAUCAGUGUGCAGUGCAAUACUUUCUGCAUGUUGUUAAAUAUGAAGCUCAGGGUGCAAAAGCAAAAGAAAGUCUUCGCUCUAAAUGUACAGAAUACCUGGAUCGAGCCGAAAAACUGAAGGAUCAUCUGCAGAAAACGCAAAAGGUCAAAAAGCCUAUUGAAGAGUCAAACUCAAAUAGCGAUAAGGGGAAUGAGAGUGAUGGAGAGGCUGACAAUUCAGAAAAGAAGAAAUUGCAGAAUCAACUACAAGGUGCCAUUGUUAUGGAAAAACCAGAUGUGAGUUGGAAUGAUGUUGCAGGUCUAGAAGGUGCCAAAGAAGCUCUUAAGGAAGCUGUAAUUUUACCCAUUAAAUUUCCUCAUCUCUUUACAGGUAAACGUACUCCAUGGAGAGGAAUCCUUCUAUUUGGCCCUCCUGGAACUGGCAAAUCCUACCUGGCAAAGGCUGUGGCUAAAGAAGCAAACAACUCUACUUUUUUCUCCAUUUCUUCUUCUGACUUGGUGUCUAAGUGGCUUGGAGAGAGUGAAAAGUUAGUAAAGAAUUUAUUUCAACUUGCCCGAGAACACAAGCCUUCAAUUAUCUUCAUUGAUGAGGUUGAUUCACUUUGUGGUUCGAGGAGUGAGAAUGAAAGUGAAGCUGCAAGGCGUAUUAAAACAGAGUUUUUGGUUCAGAUGCAAGGUGUGGGAGUGGAUAAUGAAGGAAUCUUGGUACUUGGAGCAACUAAUAUCCCGUGGGUUCUCGAUUCUGCCAUAAGGAGGAGAUUUGAGAAACGUAUCUACAUCGCAUUACCUGAGCAGGCUGCUCGUGCUGUGAUGUUUAAAUUACACCUUGGUACUACACAAAACUGUCUAUCUGAGGAUGAUUACCGGAUUCUUGCCUCGAAAACAGAUGGGUAUUCUGGAGCUGACAUCAGUGUCAUUGUACGAGAUGCUCUGAUGCAGCCAGUCAGGAAGGUUCAGACAGCCACUCACUUCAAGAGGGUCAGAGGUCCUUCAAAUUCAGAUCCAUCUGUAAUGGUGGAUGACCUCCUAACCCCAUGUUCACCAGGUGAUCCCAAUGCUUUGGAGAUGACAUGGAAUGAUGUUCCGGGUGAUAAGCUUCUGGAGCCCAUAGUCUCCAUGCCUGACAUGCUGCAAUCAUUAACACACAUAAAACCAACAGUUAAUGAUGAAGAUCUGAAGAGAUUGAUAAAAUUCACAGAAGACUUUGGUCAGGAAGGCUAAACCAUAACAGCAUAAUUUGCACUACUGUUUUUUGUUUCUUGAACCUUUUUCUAUUCACUUCAGUCAAUUACAUAUACCAGUGAGCAUUUACUUUACUUUUUAAUAUUGUAAGAUCUUAACUCGUGUUUCAGGUCAUGGGACUUUGUAUAAAGUUGGAUUUGCAUCUUAUAUUAUCUUAAUGUCUGCAUGUGCCUAUCAUGAAACCGUUCUCAUUGCAUUUAGGAAAGGCUUGAGGACAUAAUGCUGGUUCCACCAAGGAUAUAGCAUGAUAUUUAUAUAUUACAAAAACCAUUAAGGAUUUUUAAAUGCAUUGAGUACUCUGUACAUAUCAGUUUGUUGGGCUUGCUAUGGACUGUAUGAUAAUCUUGGUUAUUGGUGAUACCUUCCAAAUUGUGAAUAGGACAUUUUAAGCUGACUAUUUGCACAAACUGUAAUAAUUGUAUUGCUCUUGGGUUCGGGCCUUUUCAUUGUACAUCAAGUACAUGCUAAGACUUUCUACUAAUGAUGCGCAUAAAAUACAAAUCUUAAGCUUUAUAAUAGAAAAAUUUGGGUUAAUUACGUCUUGUUGGAAGAAAUAUGAACGAGGUAAGAUAUCCACAUUUUUUUUACAAUAUGAAUGCCUAAAAUUCAUGAAACCUCAAAUUUACUGUAAUUUGUUUAUUUGUAAAUAAAUCUUGCAUCUACUCAA